UGCCUGUCCCGCUCCCUGCCCUCUCUGCUCCGCGCCGCCGGCCCCCUCCCGCUGCCCCGGGAUGCCGCCCAACCUCACCGGCUAUUACCGCUUCGUCUCCCAGGAGAACAUGGACAAUUACCUGCGCGCUUUAGAUAUCAACGUGGUCCUGCGGAAACUGGUUUGCCUCCUGAAGCCCGAUAAAGAGAUCACCCACACGGGAGAUCACAUGGUCAUCCGCACGAUCACCUCCCUGCGGGACUACGUUAUGGAUUUUGACCUGGGGGUCCAGUUUGAGGAAGACCUGGGACCCGUGGACGGACGCAAGUGCCAGACAACCGUCUCCUGGGAGGGGGAUCAGCUGGUGUGCAAGCAGCUGGGAGAGAAGAGGAACCGAGGCUGGAGGCACUGGCUGGAGGGGGACCGGCUGCAUCUGCGCAUGACGGCCGAGGACGAGGUCUGUGUCCAGGUCUUCCAGAAGGUGAAGUGAGCGCUCCCCGGGAUGGGCGCCCGGGGUGGACCCCCGCUCCCCACUGCAAACUGCCCUGGAUUGAAAAAGAAACAAGACCCGAGUGAGCUGA